CCUCCAUCACCUUCUUCCCUAAACCCCCCAAAACCCUAACCCCUAUAAAUCCUCAUUUCCAUCUCUUUCACUCAGCCACCUCUCAACCAAAACCCUAAUCAUUAAACCCUAAAUUUGCCCUAUCUUAACCAUGACCGAUAUUGAGCUCUCUCGCUCCGAGAAGAAAAAGCACAAAAAGAAAUCAUCCACGGCCGAACCAGGCACCGAACCCACUGACACCGACACAGCCAAAGAUUUCUUAAUCAAGCCCCAGAGCUUCACUCCCUCUUUGGACACUUCUCAGUGGCCAAUCUUGUUGAAAAACUACGACCGCCUCAAUGUACGAACCGGACACUACACUCCUCUCCCCUCCGGUUUCUCCCCUCUUAAGCGCCCGCUCGCUGAGUAUAUCAGGUACGGUGUUUUGAAUCUUGAUAAACCUGCAAACCCGUCUUCGCACGAGGUCGUCGCGUGGAUUAAACGGAUUCUUAGGGUUGAAAAAACUGGUCAUAGUGGUACUUUAGACCCUAAAGUUACCGGUAACUUAAUUGUUUGUAUUGAUAGAGCUACUCGUCUUGUUAAGUCGCAACAAGGUGCUGGGAAAGAGUAUGUUUGUGUUGCGAGACUGCACGAUAAAGUUCCCGAUGUUGCGAAAGUGGCUCGGGCACUUGAAACUUUAACUGGGGCUGUGUUUCAGAGGCCGCCGUUGAUUUCGGCGGUCAAAAGACAGCUUAGGAUUAGGACUAUUUAUGAAAGCAAGUUGCUUGAGUAUGAUGCUGAUAAGCAUUUGGUUGUUUUCUGGAUUUCGUGCGAGGCGGGUACUUACGUGAGAACGAUGUGUGUGCAUUUGGGUUUGAUUCUUGGUGUUGGUGGACAUAUGCAGGAGUUGAGGAGGGUGAGAUCUGGGAUUUCGGGGGAGAAUGAUAACAUGGUGACAAUGCAUGAUGUGAUGGAUGCACAAUGGAUGCAUGAUAAUUAUAGGGACGAGAGUUAUUUGAGGCGAGUGAUUAUGCCGCUUGAAGUGCUGUUGACGAGUUAUAAGAGGUUGGUUGUUAAGGAUAGCACCGUGAAUGCUAUUUGUUAUGGGGCGAAGUUGAUGAUUCCUGGGCUGUUGAGGUUUGAGAAUGAUAUUGAGGUUGGGGAGGAAGUUGUGCUGAUGACUACGAAGGGGGAAGCUGUUGCAUUGGGGAUUGCGGAAAUGACUACUGCUGUGAUGGCUACUUGUGAUCAUGGUGUGGUGGCAAGGAUUAAGAGGGUGGUGAUGGAUAGGGACACAUACCCGAGAAAAUGGGGGUUGGGGCCGAGGGCUUCUAUGAAGAAGAAAUUGAUUGCAGAAGGGAAGUUGGACAAGCAUGGGAAGCCGAAUGAGAAAACUCCAACAGAGUGGUUGAGAAAUGUGGUUUUGCCUACUGGUGGGGAUUCUGUGGUUGCAGGUCUUGCAGCUGCAGCAGAACCAGCUGUGGCAAAUAAAGAGACUGCUGAUGGGGAGAAGGAAAAGAAAAAGAAGAAGAAAAAAAAGGAUGAGGAAGAUGGAGAAGGGCGCAAACGCAAACUUGAUGAGAGCGGUGAUACCCCUCUUUUGCCUGCUAAGAAGGCUAAACUUGAACAUGCGGAGAUUGAGAAGGAAGAUGGGGCAGAGAAGGUUGAAGAUGAGAAGAAAGAGAAGAAGAAAAAGAAAAAGAAGGACAAAGAGAAUGGUGAUGUAGAAACAGAAAAAGGGGAGAAGACUGAGAAGGUGAAGGAAAAGAAGCACAAAGAUAAGGAUGAACCUGGUUCACCUGAAACAGAUAAGUCCGAGAAGAAGAAAAAGAAGAAGAAAGACAAAGAAGCUGAGGAGGCUAAGGCUGUCGAUAACGGUGAAACUGAUAAAAGUGAGAAGAAGAAAAAGAAGAAAAAGAAAGAUGAAGAGUAGAUCAAACAUUUGGUUUUUAAUUUUCCUACUUUAUGCUUAUUUUAUGGAUUCUUAUAAUGUUUGUUGAUUAGUUUUUGUAAUUUUCUUCCAACGAAGUUUCUGUAGACCAAUUUUCCUAGUUUAGUUCUGUCUAAUGAAUUGUUGUCUUUGGCUAAAUUUUUGAAUUAUUAAUCUUUAGUUGUUGUAC